AUUUGGGAGGUAUUUGUACUGUCCUCUCAUUUUAGGAUCUCAAGAAAUGAGAUAGGCAGUCAGUACAUCAGGACCAGGGGCCAGGGGCGGACUGACAACUCAUGGGGCCCCCGGGCAAUAGGGGAUCAUGGGGCCCCUAUGUCCCUGCCGACACUCAAAAAAAGCCUAUAAAAGGUACCAGGGGCAUUUCAUGGGGCCCCCUACUGACCCCGGGCCCUCGGGGAGUGCCCGAGUGCUCGAAUGGUCAGUCCGCCCCUGAU